AUGCCGGCACCAAACGACCUGAGAAUGGGCACUUCCAGCUCUACCAACGGCUACCUCCCUCGCCCGACCAGUGAUGGCAACGACAGCGAAAAGGAACAAGGCACAGGGAGGAAGUGGUGGUGGCUCUGGUUAAUACCCCUGUUCCUGAUGCCAUUCCUUCUUACCGGCGAGGUCGUGACGGCAAUCUUUUCUACCCUUUCCCACCUUGGUAUCUUUUUUCUCUCUAUCUCCUUGCUUGCGGCAUGGCCGUACUGCGUCUUCCAAGCUGUUUGCAGGCAAGCCCAGAAUCACCCACUUUGGUCAGCAAUCGUUGCCUGCAAUCGUAUCCAAAGAGGCGGCUCGGUCGAAGAUAUUAUUUUAGACAUCGUUAACAGUCUAGUGAAUGCCUAUCUGGCUGAGUUCAAGCUCAAGCUCGGCUUUAGCGUCAUUGAGUUUCUCUACAGUAAUGUUGUUGCGAUUCUGAGUACAGUCCGGACCACGAUAGCGACAGUGGGUCACGAGAUUGUUCAGGCUCUCAUGAUCUAUGCUGGCUUUCUGGAGCACAUUCUGAGUGAGUAUUUGUAUUCUUGA